AUGGCUGACAUAUUAAUUCUAAGAGGAACUGAGGCUCUUCGAAGAUCGGAGGGCACACAUACCGACGAUGAGGUCGCUUUAACUCCCGACGAUACAACUCCAUCUCCAUCUCUAGCCUCUUCACCUCACCAGCAACCCGUAGUCGAUCCGCGCAAAGUAGGCGACGACGCUUCUAACAGCCCUCGAAUAUCGAGGAACCCUUCCUUCUCGGGAAGCAGUUCCUAUCAUGAAGAUUGGGACUCGUAUCCCCCUCUAGACAGGUUAACUGUCCUGGACCUCCUCGACAACUUUGCUCUACCACAGCAGUUAGAGAAGCUGCAAAAGGGAAUAUCAGCACAGAGAGAAAAGGUCCGUAAAUCCCAAGCUGCUCUUAAGAAUAGAGGCCAGGUGGCCAAGGAACGCAUGGUCGAGGAGUGGCGGCGUAGGGUGCCCUCGGCGGACGAACAGUUGGUCAGGUACAGAAAACGGAUGAAGCAGAGUGUGGAGAAACUCGGCCGGCAAUGGAACGAUACCAAGGUUAUUACCAUGCGCGAGAAGGUCUCGUUCAUCGGUGGUGUUAUGAACAUUUUCAUCAGUGGUUACUUGUUGGGUGCUUUCCCCGAGUAUUUUCACAUCUGGUACACGGUCCAGCUCAUCUACUACAUGCCCAUCCGCUUUUAUACUUACAGGAAGCGCGGCUACCAUUACUUCUUAGCCGACCUGUGUUACUUCGUCAACUUACUACUCUUCCUCAGUAUCUGGGUCUUCCCGGCUUCUAAGAGACUGUUUAUUGCUGCGUAUUGCCUGGCUUUUGGAAACAACGCCGUGGCAAUUAUUAUGUGGCGUAAUUCGCUCGUGUUCCACGACUUCGACAAGGUCACAUCCCUGUUCAUACAUAUCAUGCCCUGCGUCACGCUUCAUUGCAUGGCUCACCUCUUCUCGCCAGAGGAUCAACGCGAACGAUUCCCCGCGCUCUGGACCAUUAAGACCUCUCCGCCAGGUUCCCCAACCGCUUACGGUAAUCUCGUAUCGAUGCUCGCCUGGUCCACGAUUCCAUAUGUUUUCUGGCAGCUCAGCUAUUACUUCUUCAUUACGGUUCGCCGGCGUGAAAAGAUCGCUGCCGGUCGCCCGACCUCUUUUACCUGGCUGCGCCGCUCGUACUCCAAGACCUGGAUCGGCAGGAUAGUGCUCUCAUUGCCAGAAACCCUGCAAGAGUUCGCCUUCAUGCUAAUCCAGUACUUAUAUGCUGUGUUGACCAUGUUGCCCUGUCCCCUGUGGUUUUAUAGCCGCUGGGCCUCGGCCGCCUUCCUUAUCAUAGUCUUUGUAUGGAGCGUAUAUAACGGUUCAACCUUUUACAUCGACGUCUUCGGAAAGCGCUUCCAGAAGGAGCUCGAGGCCAUGAAGGCUGAGGUUGCUAAGUGGCAGAACAGCCCCGAUGUGCUCGGGUCUCCGUCAAUGGCCCCUACUCCCGCGGUAGAGGCAGAAAUCAAGCUCGGCGCGGCCGAUACCGAAGAAGGCGCCGAUGUGACCGUCCGGGUCCAAGACCCUGCUAGCGGCCGGCGUUUAAGUGUGGAUGAGAUCCCAUUGUUACAUGAAGAGAGCACAACUAAAAACGGCGAAUCUCUGAAGAGUGAUUCGAUGGCCAGUGGUAUCGACGAGCGUAUUAACGAUACGGUGCGGGAAAGGAAACCCAUCGAAACAGUCUCGUAA